CGGAUAACUUAAGGUACCAAGACGAUAUGUACGGCACACCUGCACUACCUACAGUACAUCCAUGGAUGUGUAAUCACUCGUCAUGAAAGUCGCGCAACUGGAUCUCGCGUCCAUGUUUGUUCCUCCGACCAUCCGCCUUGACAUGCACACUACUAGUCUCGUGCAAUGAGCUCUCUUCAUCAUCCCAGACUGCCCCUCGCUGUGGUAUCUGCCAGUUGAUGCUGAUGAUCUCUGCUAAUUGGACAUACUCGCCUUCGCAUUCGGCAUCAGGAACCCAGUAUGCUUCUCGAUGCACCACCAAGUCCCUCUUCUUGAUAUACUUUUGAUAGAACAGGAACCCCCAAUACCAGAUAACACCCCAAAAGGGCGAAGUCACGCCGAUUGCCGGCACCAGGUACCAUGGGAUUCCCGUUACGGAACUGUGAAAGGGAGAUCCGUAGCUCGCUGGCACAAACGCAGCGACGACCAUGAACGCGUUGGCGAUGCCCAGUACAAUGACAUGUACCGGCGACAACCACGGCUGAUAGCGACGGCCUUCCCGCCACGCCUCUUUUCUCUUGGUCUUGGUGAUUGCAAGACCAAUCGACACCCACAGGCUGAGGACGACGAUGAUGGUGUACGAGUAGAGGUUGACCAGAGUCGAGUAGGUCUUGCGUGGGUCCACGAUGGCUGCCGUGACAGCGAUCUGCAAGAUUGACGUGAGCCAGUGGAGUCCAAAUGCUGCGGUGGGGGCUUGCUCGAUUUCAUCGUCCAGCUUGGGCUGUUUCGACGUCCACUGCUGCCAUAGACCAUACGGUGUGCGAUACGAGGUUGCAAAGAAGAGGGAGAAGGGAAUGAUGCCCUCUUUGGCGAUCUCCUGCUUGACACGGGCAGCAGUAAAAGUCAUCACCCACAAGUUGCCGAAUAUGGAAAUGGCCAUGAUGACGGAGAUCGCUUUGGUAGCCGACUUGUGGUUCUCGGACCACAGAGUGUCGAAGAAGAGUGUCGCCAGAUCGACAUUACCAGGUAGGCUGUUUCGAGUCUGCGGUAGCACUUCGCUCUUAUCUACGACCAGGAGAUAGCUGAUAUUGACGGCAAGGAACAGAACGCCAGUGAUCAGCAUCGCGAGCACGGUGUAUUUCGGGAAGUGCUUUCGAGGGCUGCGAACUUCUGCGAGGACAUAAAACGGCUGUUCAUAGCCUGAGAACGCGUACAUGCAGAUCAUCAACGCAUUCGACCACGAGGAGACAUCUGUUCGCUGCGUGGUCCAGACAUCCUUGGUGAAAUUGUUGCGGAUUACGUCUCCAGGACCUCCAAAUCUUCCGGCGGCCUUUGCAAUCCCGAGGCAGACAAUGGUGAGAAGGAGGGCUACUUUCGCCGUGGCGAAGAUGUUGUUGAUCCAGAUGCCCAUGUUUCUCGAAAAGGCAUGGAGCAUGACGACGAAAGUGAGCAGCGCGAUGGCUACUGCAAUAACGACGCCACGAUCAGGGACCUCUUCCGACGCCUUAUCGUAGUGGCCAGCAGCAGACAGGACUUGAAGUGCGCACGAGAUGGCGUUGCCACUGAGAUUGUACAUCAAUAUAAACAUGAUCGAGAAUGAGCAUGUGGUUCGAAUGUGUGGAAGCCGAAGAUUGCUGUUGGGAAACAUGAACUCCAGGUAGUUCUUCUCUCCGCCCGACCUGGGGACACCGCGAGGCUUGUCCUCUCCUCGGACGCGACGUUGUGGCAUCGAAAGGCCGCAUUCGAGCCAAACAUACAGACCGCAUACCGAUAUGAGGGCGCCGAGAACCCAAGCACACAAGGCACCGCCGACACAACCAGUGCCAGCGAGGACUUUGUGUGGAGAGAGAAAGAUGCCGGAGCCGAUUGUUCGAUUGAGUAUCAAUGCGACCAGAGUGAAGCGACCAAUCUUGCUCUUCUCUUUCGGGGCGAAGUCCACUCGUUGAUAAUCCAGUUCAAGAUUGGCUGUCGAAGGCCGACCCAGCAACGCCCGUUCAUUGUCGUUGAGGGGCAUGAUGGGCUCGUUACGAAGGGACAGCAAUCAUGCUGGCCGGCGUGAGGACGCAUGCAUUACAUACAUGUAAGUGCCAGAGAGGAUACUCCCGCCCUGUGGCUGUAUGCCCCCGCCCUCGAUGGAAGAGGAACGGUGGGCAGGCUGUGUUGGUUGACUCUCAUGCAAGUUCGCCUGUGGCGUGCAUCUCGCUACGCUCACCAGGGCCCGUGAGUGGUGGAAUGGGGCGCAUAAUUCGCCAAGCAUCCUUCAAGAUGAUCAGCCGUGGUACUGCAGCGAUAAGUCUUCCCCAUCUGGAACACACAGCCUCAAAGAUUGAAAGACGUGAGGCCGCCCUGACUAACACUACGCUGGACUCGUGGUCAUGCCCUCCCUUUUCCUACCUGCCCUGACCCUUUCGUCACCAGCAUCCCUCUGCCACCAGUGCUACCUGCAGUGGCUCCACUUCUGCUCGUUGGAAAGACGUGCGACCCUUCUACCGCUCCGUGCAUGAGCCUUGCACGUAGUGAAUGAGUGACCACUGGCAGUGGACCGCAACCGGGCAUCACUACACUAGUCCAUACCACAAUUGACGAUCCUGCCCGUCAUGUCGUUCGGCAUGAGCCCCAGCGACAUCGUUGCCGGAAUCAGGUUGGCAUAUAGUAUCUACGACAAGGGCUUCGCAGAGGAGAACCGUGCUGAUGUCCGAUACUCCAACUUCAGGAACGAGAUUCUGAACUUCCGCAUCCUGCUCGAGCGGCUGAGUGAGGCGUUGAGAGGCGCUCAGACAAGAUAUGUCGAACGAAGACCGGUCCUGGGCAUGCGUCCGCACGAGCCGUUGUCACGAGAAUUCGAAGAGGAACGCAUCGCCAUCGUUGGGAAUUUCCAGCGCACUUUGCAAGAAUGCGAAGCUCUGCUGGAGAGGAACAAGCAAUUUCGCAUCCGCGAUUCAAAUGUGCUGGAGAACCUUCGUUACAAUCUGGGCAAAUCAGAAGUGCAAGUGGACCAGCUUCGAAGUCGCUUGCACUUUCAUUCGCAAAAGAUCAGACUCGUUCUGGAUCGUUUGUCCAUUAACCUGCUGACCAACAUAGACGAUAAAGUCGACGACAUCCUGGCCAUCAGCGAGCAGAAUCUGAGAGUCAGCGAGGGGAUUGAACUCGAACUCAAGAAGUUCCAUGCGUCGUGGCUCGGCCAUGUCUCUGGUCAUGGAGUGCCGUCCAGAUCCGCGUCAGAAGGUCUACACUCUGUGAGUGCCAGUAUUGCACAACGUUUCGAAGACACUAUCAAAUUAGACGCACCUGCGGACCUCACCAAUGGCGUACCUCUAAUAGAAGGGUUCGACGCACUUCUGUUACAUUUUGAACGUAGCAGUGAAGAGGGCUCCGAUCAAACACCGGAAGGAUAUCUGCUUUUCUUGAAGGCUCGAUGGCUUUUGGACCAGAUCAAAGCAGGAGUGCAGUUCCAGAACGCUCGCCCCGGUCUGUACUAUAAACGUGCAAUCAAUCAGGUCGAACAAGCAAUGCUCGCACGCAUCAGUCAGCCCGGACAGCUCAUCGCGUAUGACGAGAGUGUCCUACUGCAACUUCCGGAGACGUGUUUCCAUAUAUGGCUGUCAUUGUCGACAACGCCGUCGGUUGAGUACAGCAAGCCUAGCCCCCUUAUGAUACGGGGCGGCGAAGUGAAGGUUGCGCACAUCAAACUGGCUUCUGAAAACCCGUCUGAAGGCUCGGUGACGAUCUUUAAGAGCUCUGACGAGCAGAUACGCGUGGUUCACGAGAGCAUCCCAGCAUCAGCAUCGGAAAGAGUAGUAAUCACACAGCACAAUGUGCUGGUUCAAGAAGACAAACUGAUACCUCGGUACACGUUUCCCACGCUCACAACACCUUGCCUGGAACUUGAUAUCCGGUGCCGUAACGUGGACGAGUAUUUCAAAUUUACCAGCAUUGACGAUCUGCACAAUUUCCAGAGAGCUCUGAUGGGAUACGAAGUAUCUCACGAUCAGAGUAACAUCAUAUGCCAAUUCAGUGACCAUCUGUCUCACUUGGACUGCAAGGGUCACGUUCAGCUGUGGCAAGAACCCAUCGGGCUCGCCACUUCUAUGCCAGGGCGGGACGAUGCGGUGUCGCCCCUACUGGGGUCUGCGAGCAUCAGUUCCGGGGGCUCUCGACAUGACAGCUUAAGCUCCUCAAUCGCUGCUACGAGCACUGUCAAUGCAGCAGCAGACGGCUGGCAAGCGGAUCCCAUCAAGAAAGCAUCUAUCGUGAUCUUCGCUCAACUCACGGACAGCAGGAGUAAGAACAAGCGCUUCGCUGCAGUGAACAUCGACCUUGGAGAAUCCAUAUACGUCGACCCCAGCUCGUGUCAGUGCCAUCGCGAUCCAGACUGCAAAAGCGUCGUGCUUCGGCAUAAGAAGAGUACAAAGUUCUCCGUCCACGCUCUUUUCUCCGAGUCCGACGCGAUGGGUCAGCCUAACCCCAGCACUUUCGACAUUUUCCCCUUUCGCCUCCCGCGACAUCCCGACCGCGCUUCGAGAGUUCAGACGAAGCAGACAGAGUACUUGGUAUUUGCAUUCAAGACUAUUGAAGAAAAGACCAUUUUCCUCCACGAGCUGAAUAUCAGAUUUGCGGUCCGUGAUCAGCAGAUCAAGGACCAGUGGGCCUUUGAGAGCAGCAUCCGAUGGCGUCAAGAACACCCUGUGAGACACCGGCAUCAGUCACAUGGUAGCAGCCUGAGCAGCUCGCCCGGCUCUAGACACAUGUCGCAGUGCUCCACGAGUCCGAGCACUCUGGGCCGUAUGUCAUCUCGAACACAUCCCCGCCAUACAAGCAGUAUUUCGUCAUCUUCUGGUACAAUGCCUAUCACAGCGGGGGCUGUUGACGAAGCAAUUGCGAGUCCCCGGCGCCAGAGCUCGAAUUUGACGGCUGAGACGGUGGUGCCUGGAUCUCGGGAAAUUCCUGUCCCACGCGAGGCCCUCGAGCCGAAACGGAGAGGAAUUAACAAAAUUCGAAAUUUGUUCUCGUGACUCUGCUGAAUUGACUUAUAUAUCUUGAUGAGAAAGAUCGACGCUAGGGCAAUUCUCGGUCGUGGACGAAUGGAUAUACCAAUCCCUGCUGCGUGGCCCCCACCGAGUGAUAUGCCAGCUGGAGAUUUGGCACUCGCCUGCUUCCUGCUAUGGGGCUUCGAUCAUCUAUUACGACGUCAGCCACAAGCUACUCGACGGAGAGGGCAAAAUCUCAUAGCGAAGGUGACGUUAUUUCUUCACGAAAAAAUCAGGGUGUUUUUACGCCACAGCACACAUUCUCAGACAAGCCAGCCACCCGACUUCUCGACUUCUCGCCUCCAGCUUCGGUGGUGCAGAGUACGUCUUCGCAACGGAUACAAGCCUGGUCCAGCAAUCUGUACAAUGCUGCUGCUGUAGACGUCUCGAUUGGUUUCGAAAUAGCAUCAGCCCCGUCGGACGACUCAAAAGAUCUCAAAGCUCCACCAACCAACCAAGCAACCAUACAAACAUGACUACCACAUCCGGUUUUCCCCCACAAAUGAGUUCAACUCACUCACUGACCCAACCUUAUUCAGCUCAGGCUUCCCCCUUGCGCAAAUCGCCGUGGAGCAAUCUCUCACAGCUCCAGGCUACUACUGCUGUGUUCGAUGUGCUGUCAGUCAGUUAGGUUCUCGUCGUAGUAGUCUGUACAAGAGAAGCAGGUGUAGCUGCAACUGUAAGAUGACACGAGACGAGGAACAACACAGAAGGAAUUGACUGUACCGAGAGUCUGGAUGGGAGAGAGAGAGAGAGAGAAUAUCUUAGUUAGGUUAUUGUAGCAGAAGAAAAAAAUCUCGGAGGUUCUUUUUUGCUAUCGAAGCAAUAAUAUAGGUAUAGUAUGACAGAU